GUUCCGAGGGCGGGGGCCUCUCCCCCCCCCCGCGGCCGCUCCCUCCAGCAGCCAGCUGGCCACGGUGACCAUUCAGUGUCCCGGGCUCCAGUGGACAACCCCAGUGUCAAAUCCCAGCUCCUAGCUCCAGUCUCCAGUGUCAAGCGCCAGUGGUCCAGCUCCUAGCCCCAGUGUCCAGCCUCCAGCUCCCUAGCUCAUUAGAGUCUGUCGCUUACUCCAGCUCCAUUCUCCAGGCUCCCAGCUCCCUCCAAGCCCAGCUGUACCGCUCCCUCUAGCUCCUUGAAUUGCACCCCCUUCCUCCAGAUACAGGAUCCCAAUAUCUCCAUCCCAUCCCAAUCGUUCUGCCCCCAGCUGGCUGGCUCACUCCACUCCAGCCGCUGCUCUCAGGGUGCCGCCCCACCCGCUUGCCCCCCUCCCCACCACCACCACCAUCGCUGCCUCCUCCAAGGUCCCACUCACAUCUCCUGCUUCCUCCCCCAGUCACUCGCUCGUGGCUCUCUUGGACAUUCCCGCCUGUCCCAUCGUUCUCCAAUCGGGCUCCUUCACCCCGUGUCUCUCGUUACACCGCCUCCCCCUCCAUUCAGCCCUCCUCACCCCCCAGACCCCCUCUUGCUCACGCCCGGGGUCCCCUCUCCUCCUCCUCCUGCUCCACCCCAACCGAUCGCAACCAGCCCAGCGCCACCAGCUCGGUCCUUCGCGUCUGCCGUGCGCCGUCAUCACCACCUCCAGCAGCAGCAGCAUCAUCGUCGUCCCGUGAGAGGAGGAGGAGGAGGGUGGUGGUGGUGGGUGGUGGUGGUGGGGGGAUGGCAGAGCCGCUGUGUCAGCUGCUCGGGGAGCGGCUGCUGCGGCCCGUGAGCUGCGAGGACGGCGGUGCGGCAGGAGCUCAGCCCGGGCCCGAGGUGGCCGGGGCCGUGGCCGCCGCGGUGACCCCGGGAGUUGGUGACCUCCCCACGGCGACCCUGACCGGAGAGGGCCUCUCCGCCGUGGGGCUGUUCUUCUCUGCGCAGUGGUGCCCGCCAUGCCGCGCGUUCACGCCGCUGCUCGCGGACUUCUACCGCAAGCUGCGGGAGCGCCUCGAGGUGGUGCUCGUCUCGUCCGACACGGACGCUCAGCAGUGGACCGAGCACAGGCAGCACAUGCCCUGGCCCGCUCUGCCCUUCGAUGACCGGCAGCGUAAGUUCAACUUGUGCCGAAAGUUUAAGAUCACGGGCAUCCCUUCUCUCGUCUUCCUGGACGCCAAAUCAGGCCGAGUCAUCACCAAGAACGGUGUGGCGCUAGUGUCUGAGGAUCCCAAUGGCCUCGAGUUCCCGUGGACCCCCAAGCCCUUCAGCCAGGUGAUCGCGGGGCCCUUGCUGAGGUCGUCAGGUGAAAGCGUCGACUACGCGAGCCUGGAAGGACACUUUAUUGGGAUGUACUUUGCUGCCAACUGGUGCCCUCCGUGUAAGUCCUUCACGCCCAUGCUGCUGGAGGUGUACAGGAGGGUCCGCGAGUCCGGGAAGAAGUUUGAGAUCAUAUUUGUAAGUUCAGACAGGUCAGACGAGUCCUUUGCGCAGUACUUUGGCGAGAUGCCCUGGCUGUCGGUGCCGUACGCCGACACGGCACGGCGGCUUAACCUCAGCAAGCUCUACGGCAUCCAGGGCAUCCCAGCGCUCGUCAUGCUGGACGUGGACCGCAGCGUGAUCACUCCUGCGGCGCGUGUUUCCAUCAUGGACGACCGCGAGGGCCGGCUCUUCCCGUGGUUCCCGCGUGCCCUGAGCAUGCUGAGCGCUGCCAACGCCGAGAUCCUCAACCAGGAGCCAGCGCUCGUGCUCUUUGUCGACUCUAACGAGGAGGAAGAGCUGGAGCCCGUGAGACAGAUGCUGCAGCCGAUAGCGGAGCAGGUGAUCGCUGAGUACAAGCAGCGGGGGGAGGAGCAGCCGCUACACUUCUUCUACGCCGGAGAGGACGACAUGGCAGACUCAAUCCGUGACUUCACAGCGCUGCCGGAUUGUGCGCCACUCCUAGCCAUCCUGGACAUCCCGGCGCGUGUCAAGUACGUGAAGGAUGCCGAGGAGCUGACAGGCCACGUCAUCUCCGAAUUUGUGGGCGACUACCUGCACGGCAAGCUGCAGGCCGAGCCCAUCUGAGGAGCUCGAGGGCACGCGGGAACCCUCCCCAGAGAAACUGAGAGAUCUCUCUUGGCCGAGCGUGGAGAACGGACCGUGACCGAAAACAACUGCGGAGCCACCUUGAUUGGGUUCAGAUGAGAACACUGACACUUGAUCGAUGGCCGCACAUGAGUAGUCACCGAUUGAGAUGGGAAACGAAACCUCUUAAGGAAACGCGGCAUGGACGGAUGUACGAUGGUGGCGAACACCAGCAUAGAUCUAUCACCCCCAUUCACAUCCCCUAGGGGCCACUGCAGGCAGAUUCAUCACUUAUAACGGUUUUGUUAUGAUAGCAGAGACACACCAUUCUCUAAGGUACAGCACGUGCAUUGCACGGAUUUAGGUGAAGUAACGUGAGUGGAGUAUGCAGCGCGAAGAAGGUAAAAGUCUGGUGACGCACAAAACCAGCAUCGUCCCUUUAGGUGCCACAAGGACCUCGGCGUCCCGGCCUACAAAUAAACACGACCCGUAGUUUAACGUCCACCAAUGAAUAAGUAUUUUUUUUGUCGAAGGGAGAGUUUAAUUUGAAAAUAAUGAAUUCGACGUUUUAAAUUGUUUAUAUUGUUGGUAUGCAGUAAUUGUGGGUCUGGGCGAGCGAAGUAUCCAGGCGGACGCGAACCCCAACGCGGGUUUCACGACCGACGCCCACAUUUCUCCAGCAGUUUUAACGAGUCGACGAUUACCUCUGUACGACCAUCUUAUUACAGUGGUCAUAUUUCUCCGAUCCUGUUGCCUUGAAGUCCAUCGACACAAAACACCAUUUGUACAUAACCACAACACAUUACAACACAGACCCACACCUGUGACCACUGCCCACGACAGGUCCCAUCAUUCACUUGCAGUAACUGCUGUCAUUAACAUUUGUUCCAUUCAAAGGCAGAAACCUUUGAUCAGUCCAGUGGCUAUUUAUACCUAUUGUAACGUGUAGAGUAGGCGUUCACUUAAGAGUAAACACUAUCGGUGAAACUGCCCAAUGCACACUGUCGGAGCGUGCAUGGUGUUUUACAGUUUUUGAAAAAAAAUGCAGAUUUUUUUUCCACUUUUUCAAAGGUUAUCCUGUACCUCCUGUCUCCCAUUGUCCUAGUCUGCGUUGUACCAGGAGGUUGUCAUCGACGAUGCGGUGGCUGUGUUGUUUUCUUGCAGAACUUUUCCAGUCGUCGGCGCACCCUUUUGACACCAGUAUUCAUUGCUGUACUUUGAUGAGAAUUGCCUGUUUUUUAUUUCGUUUUCUAGGUUCUACAACAUUUGUGCAUAACAUGUGUUUUACCUUUAUGGCGUACUGUUACACACAAAAAGGUUACUGCUAUGCAUUCAAUAAAACAAGCUGAACUAUGAAA